GGGGGCUGCGUUCAAGGCAGAGAAGUCCGACUCCGCUCCAGCCCUCUCAUCCCCCGCCAACUGCGAGCGCGCCAUGGAACGACCCCAAACGCGGAGCCACUCGCCGCUCCUCCGCCUCUGGCUGCUCGCCUGCUGCUGCUGCUCCCUCCUCCUCGUCGGGGCCGCAUCCCCCCCGCGGGGUUCCGCGCCAGGUCCCUUCGCUGGGAGCUGCCCCCGACUCUGCCGCUGCGACCCCGGCUCCAUCUCCUGCACGGAGCCCGGCGCCAUCACCGCGGUGCGACAGCUCGCGGAUGCGUGGCGAGCAGUGGAUGGAGAUGCUGAUCAUGACGACGACGACGACGAUGAGUACGAUGGGGAUGGGGGCGAAGAGGACCACUAUGGCGAGAAGGAGGAGAUGGAACGGGAGCAAGAGCGCUGGCGUCACGCAGACAACAUCACGCGCAUAAUAAUCCACAACCAGACGGAGUUGGGAGAGCUGGCGGAGGGAGACCUGGGCGGGUUCCCUCACCUGCGGGAGCUAUCCAUCGUGGCUUCAGGACUGCGCUCCGUCUCCCCAAGAGCGUUCCAACUCAACACGGAGCUACAGAGCAUAGAUGUCUCCGCCAACAACCUGAGCUCCUUGCCCUGGGCUGCCCUGCGCGGCCUCCACCUCUCCCGCCUAGCGGUGAGAGGGAACCCGCUGGUGGCCUGCUCCUGUCAGAUGUCGUGGCUCCGCGCCAUGGCGGGGCUGGCCCUGCUCCCCCACGGCGGGGAGUCCCACUCCCAUUGCGGGGAGGAAGAAGCGGCGGCAGCAGCAGCAGCGGGAGGAGGAGGUGGUGGUGCAGGGAAUUCCAGCCGGGAGUCCGUGAGCCCCUCCAGGGAGCUGUGCGGCCAGGAGGAGCCCUCCUCCGUGGAGCUGCGCUGGGCUGGAGGCGGCGCGCCGAGGGAGGGCGAGGAGGCCGAGCUCACGUGCACCUCCCGUGGGCGCCCCUCCCCCAUCCUCACCUGGGACCAGUCGGCGCUGAGCACUCACACAUUCGGGAUCUCUGGACUGGGCAAAAUCCUCUCCACCUCCUCCUCCACUACCUCGUCCUCCUCGUACACCAUCUCCAGAACCUCAUCGGAGAACUCCUCCACCUCCACGCUCCUCCUGCUCAACGUCUCCGCCGAGCAGGACGGAGCGGUGGUCACGUGCGUGGCCUAUAACCCCUUCGGAGAGAGGAACGCCUCGGUUCGACUCCGCGUCCUGUUCCCCCCGUCGAUCGUGUCGAUGGAGGACCCCGAGCGGCACCACCACUGGUGCGUGCCGUUCGUGGCGCGCGGCAACCCGUGGCCCAGCCUCGCGUGGAGCAAGAACGGCGAGCCGCUGGCCGAGUCACCGCUCGUCUUCACGCGCCUCCUGGGCCGCGCGGGGGCCUCGCGGCGGCCCGGCUGCCUCCACCUGGACGCGGCGACGCACGUGGACAACGGCAACUACACGCUGAGGGUCAGCAGCGAGCUGGGCUGGGACGAGCGCACCGUCGCCUGCCACUUCCAGGAUCGACCCCACGGGAUAGGUCCUGAGGAAGACGAGCACUUCUACGAUCCUUACCCAGAGGGCCCCGACGGCAACAGCACGGGACCCCCGGCGGUGACGGGGCGUGUGGUCGACAGCGUGGCGGCGUACGUGGCGGUCGGGGUGGCGGCGUUUGCGUGCGCGAUGCUCACUCUGCUCUGCGUCUUCAGCAGCAAAUACGCUCGGCGCUCCAAGUUCAACAUGCAGGGCGGCUGUAAGAUGCUCUCUGACGAAGACUCGGCAAGUCCCCUCCACCACCCUCCUCCUCCGCACGCCGCCACCCACCCCCCUUCGCAGGCCGUGAUGUCGCGCUCGCUCUCCCUGGACGGGGCGUCGGACGCGGUGGUGAUCGGCAUGACGCGGAUUCCCGUCAUCGAGAACCCCCAGUACUUCCGCCAGACCGACCCCCUCCUCAAGGCCAGCGACACCUUCGUGCAGCACAUCACGCGGAGGGACAUCGUGCUGAAGAGCGAGCUGGGGGAGGGAGCCUUCGGGAAAGUCUUCCUGGCCGAGUGCUUCAACCUGAGCGCUGAGAAGGAGAGCAUCCUGGUGGCCGUCAAGACCCUGAAGGACGGCAGCGACGCGGCGAGGAAGGACUUCCAGCGCGAGGCGGAGCUGCUGACGAACCUGCGGCACGAGCACAUCGUGCGCUUCCACGGCGUGUGCGUGGACGGGGAGCCGCUCGGCAUGGUGUUCGAGUACAUGCGCCACGGAGACCUCAACAAGUUCCUCAGGGCUCAUGGGCCGGACGCCGCGUUCCUGUCGGAGCGGGCGGGCGAGCGCCUCUCCCCGGGCCAGAUGCUGCACCUGGGUCGCCAGGUGGCGGCCGGCGUGGCCUACCUGGCGUCGCAGCACUUCGUGCACCGCGACCUCGCCACGCGCAACUGCCUCGUCGGCGAGUGCCUGCUCGUCAAGAUCGGAGACUUUGGCAUGUCCCGCGACGUCUACAGCACCGACUACUACCGAGUCGGGGGCCACACGAUGCUGCCCAUUCGUUGGAUGCCCCCCGAGAGCAUCAUGUACCGCAAGUUCACGACAGAGAGCGACGUGUGGAGCCUCGGGGUCGUGCUCUGGGAGAUCUUCACUUUCGGCAAGCAGCCCUGGUACCAGCUCUCCAACAACGAGGUGGUGGAGUGCAUCACCCAGGGCCGCGUGCUGGAGCGCCCUCGCACCUGCCCCACGCUCGUCUACGAGCUCAUGCUGGGCUGCUGGCGCCGCGAGCCGCAGCAGCGGCUCAAGAUCGGGGCCAUCGAGGAGCAGCUGUUGGCGCUCGCCAAGUCGUCGCCGCCAUACGUGCACGUAAUCGCGUGAGGGACGGCCACGCCAUCGCUCGCUUGGGGAGUGUCACCUGUGGGGGGGGGGGUGGGGGUCGGGCGACGUGGUCUCGCUUUUGGAGACCACGUGGUGCGUCGCUCUUGUGUGACGUCACCUGGGUCGCCUGGGGGUCGGGUGACACCUUGCAUGAAAGAUCGCUCGGGGCAUCGCCUCAGCCGCCGCAUGGGUCAUCGCGUGAGACACCGUGCGAUGGGACGGGCGAUGGCUCACGCGAGAGAUCGCCUGGUCAUCGCUCGCGAUGUCACCUGGCUACUUACCUGUGACAUCACUGGGGACAUCGUCUAGGGCAGGUGAUUUAUCUCUAGAGACAUCAUCGUCUGGGGUUUCACUUCAGCCAUCGCCUGGGUCAUCACCUGCUGCAUCACCAGGGAGAGGUGAUGAGUUCUCACUACGAGAAAUUAUUUGGUCAUCGCGUCAAUUACUUGUGACAUCACCAGGGUCAUUCGCCAGUGGGGACCUCGUGGAAGGGUCGAGAGAGUGACGGCUGAUGUGUGGAGGUCCCGAGAGGAUUAGAGUGGGAUCGUGUGAUGGUGGUGAUGAAGGUGAUGAAGGUGAUGAUGAUGCCGAUGAUGUUUGAAACCACUACCCCGGGACACACACUGCACUUGCUCUAUACCCUAAAGUAUUACCGUAGCUAAUUCCAGUCGUCGUGGUGGUGGUAGUAAUUCUCGUGUGCUCGCCACCGGUGUAUCAACUUGCGAAGUCUCGGCGGGCCGGAGGAUAUUUAUUAUUUAUUUACUUACAUACCAACACGAGAACAACGCUGCUACUGAUCAGAAAUGCCUCUGAUCUGCACGCUGACGAAUCGCUUCAUCGCUGCACCUGCGAGCACACAAACCUCACCGUGGCGACGCAUCGUGAGCGCACACCUCAUCCAGCGAAUCUCACGCGCGGUGAGAAACGCGAGGCAAGUCUCCGUCGGCCGACGUCGGCUUCGUGCCGUGGCGCUCUGCACCUCGGCUCCGCUCUUUGUGUAUCGCAACUCCACUCCUCGCGACCGGCCACGGUCCACACGUUAACGCGUCAUCUUAAUAUAAAUAUAUACACACAGUAUGCCGUAUUAGCGUUCCAAAGACAAACUAUUACAUCUAUUCAAAUACUUUACCAGGUAAGGCCCACUGAGCAAUAUAGCUCCUUUCUCAGAAGCGACUUGGCUAUCACAAAUGAAAGCGCCACGAAGUGGCUCAUCGUCGUGUGGACAUUUACAGCAGCCGAAUACUCUUAAAGGCACGUUUCUCAGUGUGCAGGGGAAAAUCCACAAUGUGCGCCUUUACACGCCGCACGCACCUGAUGAUUGGUAUACAACACCAACAAGUCGGAGAUCGUGCGAGACAGACGGGGGGGCGGGGGCGGUGACGUGGUCUCGUGGCGGUGGCGCCGUUCGCCGCUCGCUGCAGAGGUGUCACGGUUUGAAUCGGGUUGGCCGCCCUGGUUAAUACUGCGUUGUAUCAGAACGCACAACGAUACUACGCCCCAUCUACUGCUUAUCCCUUGAGGUCAUUCGCAGGAGUUAGGCCAUUGUGAUGUCCGGUGUCAUUGUGAUGUCCGGUGUCAGGGUCCAAAUUCGCCCAAUUCUAAAAUGAAUCCGCACAUGACUCAAUCUGGACCGUGCGUAUCGAUCAAUCGGCCGCUACUAGCAGCAGACGAAUCGCCUCGCUCGCGCUUGCAAACGAGACUCCUAUCUUGGUCUCUUGAGAUCUCACCUGGUCCAACAAAACCAACGUGUCUGCACGUGUGCGUCACACUGUAACGUAACGCAAUCGCGCGUGCGUACGUGGCACGUGCGUACCCAUCAUCAGGCGCGUGCAGCGUGUACAGAAGUUGAAUAAAACAAUAUAUGUACUUGGUCGACACGGUGUGGGUCGCGAGAACUUAAUUUUUGUUUGAGAAGGCCUCUAGCUGUGGAGCAUCAAUGGGUGUAAUGAUCUUCAUUGAGCGGCCUGCAGGGACGCGUACACACACACACGCGUGCGCGCAUAUAUAAAUAUUACACACGAGUAUAAAUAAGUGUAAAUUAUAACCAGACGUAUCAAUCGCUUCCUUCACAGAUGAAUGUUUAACGCUUCGUGUGAGUGAGUAAAUUGUAAUGAUCAUAGUCUCGAGACGAACACUGACAAUCGUAUGGGGGGGGGGGGGAGGGGGGGGGGGGGCUUACCUGUUGGAGUUACCUCGCUGUGGGCGUGUAACCCACCCGCUCUGUACAAACUGAGAUUCUCAAAACGACGAUUUGAAUUGUUCGGCUCAGCCUUAACGAAGCACGCACUGCGGCAAAUAGAGCAUCCUCGUUAUCACUGGAUCCAUCAGAUCGCCACUCGUUAAUCAGAAAUGGCAUCGUCGUCGUUAUAAUCAAUGUCGUCACCAUCAACAUAAUCAUCUAUCGGUGAUCUUGAUCAUAACUCAUCAUCAUCAUCAUCCAAUCGUCAUCAUCCAUCGAUUAGCGCUGUAGGUACCAUCAUCAUAACCUUCCAUCGCAACAUUGUCUUCGUCAUCACCAUGAUCCUAUUCCAUUGAUUGUUUUCAUCCACAAUCAUCCUCGCUCAUCAUCAAUAAUCGUAGUCAACAUUAUUAAUCAAUUAUGAUCAUCAUAAUCAUCUUCUCAAUCAUCCAUCACCAAGAUCAUCGUCAUGAUUAUUAUAGUUAUCAUCCACCAAUCGUGUUAUAAUCAAUUCAAUAAUCAUCGUAGUCAUCGUCAUCAUCAUCGACAUCAAUCCAGCUUCAUCAUUAUAGUCAUCAUUCAUAAAUCAAAAUCUUAAUAAAUCACCACCAUCAUGGUAAUCACCGCCACGUACGCCACGCUGUGUGCACUCUGAUCAUCCAGAGUCCCUCUGUGAGCGGACAGUCGCUCACGACCCCUCACCCCUCCCCUACCUCACCCCUCCUCCCUCACCCCUCCUCCCUCACCCCUCCCCUUCCUCACCCUGCCCCUCCCUCACCCCUCCUCCCUCACCCCUCCUCCCUCACCCCUCCCCUUCCUCACCCUUCCCCUCCCUCACCCCUCCCCUACCUCACCCCUCCUCCCUCACCCCUCCCCUACCCCACCCCUCCCCUACCUCACCCCUCCCCU